GUGCUGCAGUUCGGAGCACAUCAUCCCCAUCUCGCACACACACACACACACACACACACACACACGUAUACACACACAGUCCGUGUCUGUCCUCCUCCGUGGACACUGAAAUCUGGACCUAAUGGAGAAAUGAAUACACUUCCAGAAGGCCUGGACUGUCGUUGAUGGACGGAUAAUUUGGUUGGAGCUUUACAGGAUUCCUGAAGCAGGUUUUUCACUGGAUACUCAUUGCAGAAUGAGAACUCCUCUGGUUUUAUUAGCAUGGCUUUCCCUGUGGGAAGAAGCAAAGUGCAUGCUGAGGACUACAGGGGAACUAAGCAGAGAAACAAGGAGCCAGAUGAGAGCGGACGGAGGGCCGGUAACGCUCAGACGCUCCAAACGAGGGUGGAUGUGGAAUCAGUUCUUCCUGUUGGAGGAGUACACAGGAAAUGAAGAUCAGUAUGUGGGAAAGCUGCACUCGGAUAAAGACCGAGAGGACGGGAAGGUGAAGUACGUCCUCUCGGGGGAGGGAGCCGGGACCGUAUUCGUCAUCAAUGAGGAUUCGGGCGAUCUCCACGCCACGAGACGGCUGGACCGUGAGGAGAAAGCGUCUUACACUCUGAGUGCGAAGGCGGUGGAUAAAGCGACAGGUCGAGACCUCGAGGGUCCGUCGACGUUCACCGUCAAAAUCCACGACAUUAACGAUAACGAGCCAAAGUUCACCCGAGACCCAUACGUCGCCUCCGUACAGGAAAUGGCCGACGUCGGUACGUUCGUUGUCCAGGUAACAGCGACAGAUGCUGAUGACGUCAUGUACGGUAACAGUGCCAAGGUGGUGUACAGCAUUCUGCAGGGUCAGCCAUAUUUCUCUGUGGAACCAGAGACAGGGAUCAUCAGGACGGCUCUGCCCAACAUGAAGCGUGAAAUCCGUGAACAUUACCAGGUGGUCAUUCAGGCUAAAGACAUGCUGGGACAGCUGGGUGGUUUGACCGGAACCACCACGGUCAACAUCACGCUGGUCGAUGUCAACAACAACCCACCCCGAUUCACCCAUGGUGUGUACCACUUCAGUGUUCCCGAGUCGGCUGAGGUGGGUAGCGAAUUGGGCGUGGUCAAGGCUACAGAUGCCGACACGGGUAAGAACGCCGAGAUGAACUACAGGAUAACCGAUGAGCAGGACACCUUUCAAAUCACCACCGACCCCACUACCCAGGAAGGAGUGCUCAUUCUGAAGAAGCCCCUGGACUACGAGAGUGGGGCGUCGUACACGCUCAGGUUGCAGGUGGAAAACGUGUACCUGGAUCCCCGCUUUCACACGUCCGGGGACUCCGCCACGGUGAAGAUCUCUGUGGAGGACGUUAACGAGCCGCCGGUCUUUAAGCGUCCUGCCUACGUGAUGGAGGUCAAAGAAGACGCCCAGAUCGGAACGAUCAUUGGUGCCGUUAGUGCUGUGGACCCAGACGCUAACCGUAAACCCGUCAGGUACAUGAUAGACUGGAACACGGAUAUGGAUCACGUGUUCAACGUCCAUCCCGGUAACGGCUCGCUCUUCAUCGCACGCUCUCUGGACAGAGAGGAGAAAGACUGGCACAACAUAUCAGUGCAGGCUGCUGAAUACAAUGGUCUGAUCGGUCACGUGCCCGUCUACAUCAAAGUUCUGGAUGUUAACGACAACGCACCGACUUUCGACACGGAAUACGAAACUUUCAUCUGCGACGACGCCAAAGUGGGUCAGACUGUCCAAACCGUCAGCGCAUCAGACGCCGACCGACCAAUCAGAGGCCAUCGUUUUUUUUUCCGUUUAGCGUCAGAGUCUUUUGAAAAAUCCAACUUCUCCGUUCGAGACAACAAAGAUAACACGGCCACGAUACUGACUCAGCGCGACGGCUACAGUCGCGUGGAGAGGAGUUUAUACCUGGUUCCCGUGGUGAUCACAGACGGAGAAUUCCCGGCACAGAGCAGCACAAAUACGCUAACGAUACGCGUGUGCUCAUGCGACCGUGGCGGAAACAAGAGGACAUGCGAGAUGGAGGCGUUCGCACUUAAAGCUGGACUUAGCACGGGAGCGCUAGUCGCAAUUCUUCUCUGUAUCGUCAUUUUGCUAAUGAUCGUCGUCUUGUUCGCGGCUCUGAAGAGGCAGCGAGAGAAGCUCGAUCCUCUGAUCGUCUCCAAAGAGGACGUGAGGGACAACGUCGUGAGCUACGACGACGAAGGUGGCGGCGAAGAAGACACGCAAGCUUUCGACAUCGGAACUCUGCGGAAAGCCGAAUCGCUCGACGAUACCAAGCAGCGCAGAGACGUCGCGCCCGAGAUCCUGUGGCGCCCGGUGGUCAAAAUCCAAAACAAUUCCGAACCCAACAUCCGGGACUUCGUCUCCCAGAGGCUGUGCGAGAACGAUUCGGAUCCGGCGGCACCACCGUACGAUUCGCUGGCGACGUACGCGUACGAGGGGAACGGUUCGAACGCUGACAGUCUCAGCUCUCUGGAAUCGGUCAGCAGCGACGCAUGGAGCGAUUACGAGUUCCUGAACGAGUUCGGCCCCAGAUUUAAGAGACUCGCGGAAAUGUACGGGGGAGGCGACAGCGACAGGGAAUCGUAACCAACCUCGGUGAAAAGCGGUGCAUGGAUUCGACCAAUCGGUUUGUCGCAACAAGCGGACGGCCAGGAUUUAAGAAACUGGCAGAAAUCUACAGCGCAGGUUUAGCAGGACAGAAUGGAGGUUAAGGAGGUAAAACUGAUGGAUAAUGGAUGGAGUUCUUUUGUGAUAUAUUCUCCGAGAAACCACCCCCCCCCCCCCAAAAAAAAAAAAAAAAAAACGUUAACUAUAUAACUAACUGUCACAGGAAGUUGUAUAUACUUCCUGUCUGGAAUGUACAGAAACAAAAAAAAAGUGGAAAAAGUCAGUUAACUCCUGUCGGGAAUAAAGGACACCAAAGACCAGAGGGCUACACAGAUACGGAAUCUUCUUGAGACUCAAGAAAAAAAAAGAAAGAGUUGUGGAUCAAAAUUCAGAGCUUCAUUGGUGGGUCAGGAAGCGUGUACAUGUUUAAUGGAGGAAACUAUCGUUUAAAAAAAAAAGUAAGGAAAAUGUGUCUCAGGAGAAUGCUGUAAGCUAUCGUGAGCGUGAGGGGUAAGAAGACCAGGAAGCAAGGACCAAAUAAGGAAAGUGAGAAACAGCAAACAGGAACCAAACCACAUAAACAGGAAACUAUGACCAAAUAAGUAACAGGUUGGGUCGUCAGUCAUUAAGUCACUCUAUUAUUAAUUCACCUUGUAGUCAGAGAGUCAGUGCGUCACUCUAGCAGUGAGUCAGCUUGCUUGCAGUGUUUGAGUCAGUCCCUUUGAGUCAUUCAGUCAUUUAGGCGAAUCAGUCUGGGAUUCAGUCGGUCAUAGAAUUAGUCUGUAAUUGAGUCAGUGUGCGAGUAAAGGUGAAGCAGUCAGUGAGUCAGUAAGUGAUGGAUCAUCUGUCGGUAAUACUAUUCUGACAGUAAGUCAGUCCGUCACUGAGCCUCUCAGUCUGUCAGCCAGUAACUCAGUAAACAGAGUCAGUUAAUGAGUCAGUCAUUGAAUCGGUCAGUCAGUCCUUUAGUCAGUGGGUAAGUCAGCAAUUAAGGCAGUUUGUAGUCAGAGAGUCAGCCAUUCAGUGAGUGAGUCAAUUGGUGAGUCAGUGAGUCAACUGGUGAGUCAGUCAGUCAUUUAGUGAAUCAAUUGGUGAGUCAGUUAUUCAGUGAGUGAGUCAAAUUGGUCAGUCAUUAAAACUGUGUCAGUUAGUCAUUUAUUCAGUGUGUCGGUCAACAAAUACGUCAGCAUGUAGUCGGAGAGUCAGUCAAUCAUGAAUCAGUCAUAUCUAAACUGCACAGUCACUGUACUGUCAGAUACCCAUGUUACCCCCUGUUUUACCCCCUUGUGUUACCCCCUGCACACACAGGGCUGGUGUAUGGCCAUGUUGUGGGGUUUUUGGGACAUACUACGUUUGGGCUGGGCGUUUGGCCAGAACCUUAUACUUAGUGCUAAUAAAACGCAGAUAAACGGCAAAAACAUAGAUGUACCAUGCAGCAAUCGCUAUCUAUCUUACUGUGUUGUACACUGUCAUAUUUUGUAUCAGAUAUUUAUACAACAUUAAAAUACACAGAGAUACCACAAAUAAAAAA